AUCAGACGAGUCAGAUCGAUUGCGUCCUCAAGUCUAUCUGCAGAUAAUGUAGCGCUUAAGCUAAGGGAUAUCCAUACUACGCUUCUCAAUUCCGCCCCGGAGCCUCAGCCUCGUUUCUCAAUAACAUCGACUGACCAUUCCAGUCGAAACCCAUGAUUGGCCAUCGGCUUCAUUGCCCAAUUCAUGCCCUCUUAGCAUCCCUCUCUGCUUUUUUCAGAGCCCUCCUCCUGAUGCUCUCGUGCAUCUUUCUGUUUUGCACCACCACUUUCUGACCUCCCAAGCCAACUGUAUUCUCCAACCACCACUGCAUAAUCGCAUGACCCCAGAAUGGCGUACUGGUAUAUGCCAUGUUCUGUGCACCUCCCCUGCGGCCAACCUUGCUCAAAACACUCUUAACGAACAUUCUUGGACUUGGGAUGAAUGCGCUGGUCUUGCGGAUCUUUGACAUAGCAGUGGUGACCAGGUAACUGAGAACCAAUUCAACGUCCACACCAGAGCCAGCCAACUCGGCGCCGAGUGCAGUAGACCACUGUUGUAGGAAAGCUUUGGAGCCGGAAUAGGUUGCGAGAAGAGGCGUGGGAAGAAGUCCACCAAAAGAGCCCAUGGUAAGAAUCAGACCACGCUUGCGCUGUAUCAUGCCAGGCACAACGAUUUGUGUAACUCUCAAAGUGGCUACACAGUUGAUCUCGAUGAUAGCUUUCAUUUCGUCCUUAGGUGUGAGCACAAAGGGGACUGGUAUGCUGUGACUCUGUCCAACAUUAUUGACCAAGAUUCCAACAUCGAGGGAAUCAAUCAGCGCCCUCAGCUUAGCAUAGUCCUCAUCUUUGUUCAAAGAGAAGUCCAUGGCAAGUGUCUUGACUGCAAUCUGGGAGCCAGCAUAUUUUUGAGUGAUUUCGGUGGACAGUGUAUCGAGUUUGGAAGCAGUGCGAGAUAUCAGGACGAGGUUGAAACCCUUCUGCGCAAGUUGAAUAGCAUAUUCUUUUCCGAUGCCAUCCGAGGCGCCAGUGACAACUGCCCAGGUACCUUUCUUGCCGUAGCUACGAAGCUAUGAGUAUAAUUAGUAUCAUGUUAUGGAUAGCGCUGGAUCUUAACUGCGGAAGGGGGCGGACAUACACUCUUUCCACUGAAGACAAACAAGCUCAACAACAAUCUCACAUAGCUGAUGACCUUGAAACUCAACCACAAGGUGCCAAUGCCAGCAAAAGUCGCCAGCACUGAUCUAGGAACCUUGUCGACGGUGUCCAGGGAGACAUAAUCCAUGGCGCGGGAGAUAUAGUCCAUGGUGCAAUGAUGUGAAUUCGUACACGACGAUGGGGAGAGAAGGGAAGGCUGAAGUUCCAGGCUGUUGAGCUUUUUGCUCGGCUCGGCUCACUUCAGGGGCUGAGCUUCGAGACAUAGCGCUGUCCAAAAUCAAUUUAGCAACCAAUUGCCGGGCACCACAGCACGUGAUCACGCGCUCGCGUUUUCUACCGGGUCAUCCUGUAAUUCUCCUUUCAACGCCUCGAAAUAUUGCUGUACUUGUCAAGAACUUCACUCGACGUGGCAACGCACCUGAGUUGAGGGCAUCCCGACUACAACGGGUCUUGGAGUCCGAUCACUUCUACGACCUCUCGUUCCUCAGCGUUGCGCUCACGACGAGAGCAAACGUACCGAGGGGCAACCUUGUCAACAUGUCUAGUAGACAGCGUAAUCGACAGACUGCAAAUGCAAAUGCAAAUGCAAAUGCUCCCAAUACUAAUCCUGCAAAUCCUGUACCAAAUGCUCCUGUCAAUGCUGCCAUCACAGCUGCCGCUGCUCGAGCUGCGCCAAUUCGAGGACCGCAAUCCGCUUUGACCAGCUACCUCGCAUCUGCAGGAAUUAAUGCCAACCAAAUCCGUCAAGAUGCUGCUGCUCGACGAGCUGCUGCCCUAGCCUCCCAACAACCUGCAGAUACACCCGACGAUGAUGAGGAUGAUGAUGAUGAGGUCACUGCACCAGAACCACCGCGCAAGCGCAAGGAGACAAAGGCACAACAGGCGAAAAGAAAGAAGGAAGAGGAGAAAGCUAUCGCAAAGAUCAAGGCUUCGAAGAAAUUCCAGAAGCGCAGACGCAAUAACGGCUCUGACGAUGAGUUGACCGACGAGGACGAUGCAGCUAGAGCUAUAUUCGAAGCCGACAUGGCACCUCUACCUGGCCAGAUGGAGAAUUGUGAGAUCUGUGAGAAGAGAUUCAGCGUUACCGCCUACAGCAAAGCUGGUCCAAGUGGAGGCUUGCUAUGUCCAGCAUGCACCAAGGAGCUCAACAAAGAGGAAGGUGCUGCGAAAAAGAAGAGAAAGAGCGCCGCUGGUCAGGCACGACGCAAAAUCCAGAGCGACCUUCUUGAUGGCAUCUAUCCUGGAGCAAAGUCUCUCAUGUCGCUCUGCAUCGAGACAUUGGCAAAGAACGUUGAUGAUGCUUCAAGCUUGGGCGAUCUUCCGGCUCCAUUGGUUGAUAAACUCGCAGCAAUUCUCUCUAAGAAGUGGCUUGUCAACACUACUACCCUCGAUCUCUUCCUCCGUGCUGGCAGCGACACUGUCACAGUCUACGAUGGAUCAAAAUUGUCGUCUGAUGAUUACAUCCGAAUCUUACAGAUUUGCCCCACAGUCAAGCACCUCCGUCUCCGCAAUGCUAUUCAAUUCAAGAAUAAGGUUAUGGACCAUCUACUCGGUACUACAGUAGAGUUGGAAAGUCUCAGUCUGCAUGGUGCAAACUUGAUUGAUGACCAGAGAUGGGAUCGGUUCCUAAACGAGAAAAGUCAAAACCUAAAGGCCUUGAAGGUCUACCACACCGAUGGUCACUUCGGCGAUGAACAACUCGAGCUUCUCCCAAAAGCAUGCCCUCAGCUUCAACGCCUCAAAGUUGUCCACAACCAAAAGGUCACCGAUGAAGGACUCUUCCAUAUUGCCGACCUUUCCAAUCUGAAGAAGUUGUCCCUCGAGAUCUACAAUACCACCUCUACCGAACCUUAUGUUGAAAUCAUCAACAGUAUCGGUCCAGGCCUCGAGACACUCGCCCUUGCAGCAGUCCACUACGUUGAUGACUCUGUUCUUCAGGCUAUCCAUGAGAACUGCCAAAAGCUCCUCAAACUCCGUGUAACUGACAACGAAGUUCUCACCGAUGCGGGCUUCGCUGCGCUCUUCACAAACUGGCUCAAUCCUCCUCUCCUCUAUAUUGACUUCCAUAAAUGUCGACACAUUGACGCCGCUGAGCCACGCGAGAAUCCAGACUUGAUCGGUCUCGCUUCUGCUGGUUUUGAGGCCUUGAUGGCACACUCAGGUUCGACUCUCCGCUAUCUCGAUGUCCAGUCCUGCCGCCACAUAUCUCGUGAAGCCUUUGAGAACGUGUUUGCCGAAGACAAGGUAUAUCCUGAGCUUCGACAACUCAAUCUCAGCUUCUGUCAAGGUGUCAACGAUUUCGUCUGUGGUCUCGUUUUCAGAUCUUGCCCAAAUCUCAAGACGCUGAAGGUCUUCGGAAAUUUUGGUGUCAAGGAUAUCAAGGUUCCGAAAGGUCGAAUUCUGAUUGGUGUUCCUAACGCGUUGGGAAUGCAAAUCGAGGGUACAGAGGCUGGUGUUGAUGAAGGACGAGUCAUCUGAGACUUCACCAACCCUUGACGUUUCUUUAGUGCUUUCAUAUCCUGGAAGUCGUUUUGUAUAAUGCUGUUGAUGAUAGAAUUUGGGCGAGGGUUUAUGAGUACAUGAUGGACGGAUGAAUGAGUCUUGCAAUAUGGCUGGAGCCUUUCAUCUCGGAGUUCUGCAUCUGCUAAGGCAUGUUUGAAUUGGUUGGCGUUAAUUUGAUGCGAUGGCUCUGCAAUUCCAUCACAUUGUUUAUACGAUAGUAGGUAUGCAACGAUGAAAAAGCCGUGAAUAGAGAAUACAAUGAUUUUCGCAUGAGAUGCAAAGCACGUUCCUGCGGAGUAGUGUGGUGAUGGUCAAAUGUCUGCUUUGCACCACACUUACUUGGCUUCGUAUGGCUGAAUUGUUCGGUAAAUUCACCAGCGACAAAAGGAAUGUGACUUCCAAGCUGACCAUUGGUUGGCAGGCACAGCUUGCUCUUGGAUAUCUGAAUUCCAGGAGGCUGACCUCUACAAAUGGAAGCCCAGAGUCAGGCGGAAUGUGAGAAACUUAUUUGCAUGUCAUACUAUUACUUCG